AUGUCGUCAAAGGCGAUACACAGCGACCACAUAAAGCGGCCGAUGAACGCGUUUAUGGUCUGGUCACGGGGACAGCGGCGAAAGAUGGCCCAAGAGAACCCAAAGAUGCACAACAGCGAGAUAUCGAAGCGACUCGGCGCCGAGUGGAAGUUACUCAGCGAAGGUGAGAAGCGGCCCUUCAUCGACGAGGCCAAACGAUUGAGAGCACUGCACAUGAAGGAGCAUCCGGACUACAAGUACCGUCCGCGGCGCAAGCCGAAAUCGGUCAUUAAGAAGGAAAACAAGUUUGGGUUCGCGCUUUCACCCCUGGCGAUGCCCUCGGCGAAUAACGAUCAUCACCACCACCAGCAGCAACAUCAUCAUCACCACCAUCACCUGAACACGAUAUCCCGGGGUCUGUUGCCACCGCCUUUGGGGCCCCCGACGAUCAAUCAUCCCCUGAUCGGUGCACACGCGGACGAGCUCAAGCUGCCGAGGUUCUUCCCGCACUUUUCCUACCCGCUCUAUCCGAUACAGCACAAGGUCGGGGCCGACGACUUUAGCAACGGCAAACUGGCCGCUGAUUUGGCCUUUCAAGCCAUCUACGGCUCCGGAGGGGGCUUCUACGCCGGACACCAAGCCAUGGCUUGGCCCACCCUCGCCGCCCCCAACUGCACGCUGCCGGUGAACUGCGGCUGCCCGAGUCCACCGAAGGAGACAAAGAGGCCAGGCUUCCUGUCGGCCAAACCAGAAGACGAACGGCCCUUCCCGAGUCCAGCUCGGCCCGAGGACGACCGGUUCAGCAUCGAGUCCCGCAAGUGUGGCGACGACUCGCGCGACACACAUCCUUUGGGCGGUGUACUUUUGCUGCGGCACCAGCGCUCGUCCGCCACCCACGAGGAGGACAGGUCCCCGGACCGCUACUCGUCGACCUCGUCCCCCAUAAUCGUCGAGAGGACCUCGAGGCCCGGUAGUAGCCUCAACCUGACCAUCGCCGCCUCCUCUCCCUCCACGUCCUCGCCGUCGCCGAAACCAACUGCCGCCACCGCGUCGUUGUCCUCGUCGUCGGCAAACAGCAACUUCUCGGUCCAGAGCCUCGCUUCGAGUUGCUCCCCGUCGCCGAGGGCUGCGCCCCACCACGUCAUAUGAAGGCCGCUCCCGGUUCUCCCGGACUUUCGGGGGAACCACAACGCGCCGUCCACAUCCUC